AUGCAAGUUGUGCCAUAUUUGCUCUUCCUACUUGUCUGUAUUGCUAAUGGCACCUAUGGACAAUGGGGUGCUUGGCAGAAUGCACGUGCCACAUUUUAUGGUGGCCCUAAUGCUUCUGGCACUAAGGGGGGAGCAUGUGGAUAUGGAGACUUGUUUAGCUAUGGCUAUGGAAUUUACACAACAGCUUUAAGCACUCCCCUUUACAAUGGUGGCCUUAGUUGUGGGGCAUGUUAUGAGGUUGCUUGUCACAAUGACCAACAACAUUGCCUCCCUGGCUCCGUCAUUGUUACUGCAACAAAUUUGUGUCCCCCUGGUGGAUGGUGCAACCCGCCAUUGCUUCAUUUUGAUUUAUCCCAACCAGCUUUCGAAAAGAUUGGUCGAGAUAUAGCUGGAGUUAUUCCUGUGCAAUUCAGAAGGGUGACAUGUACGAGGAAAGGAGGGAUAAGGUUCACUAUAACUGGGAAUUCACAUUUCAAUUUGGUGUUGAUAACAAAUGUGGGUGGGGCAGGAGAUGUUAAAGCAGUAUCAAUUAAAGGGUCAGCAACUGGGUGGAUACAAAUGAAUAGAAACUGGGGCCAGAAUUGGGUGUGCAACUCAUAUCUCAUUGGACAGAGCUUGUCUUUCAUGGUCACAACCAGUGAUGGUCGAUCAGUUACUAGUUUUAACGUUGUGCCCGUAGGUUGGCAAUUUGGACGAACUUAUGAAGGUCGCCAAUUUUGA